GUCAAAUUUGGGAUCGAGUGAACGGCUACCGCUACUGGCUGGGCGAGCUGGAGAAGAACGAGGGAGGCCUCGAAAACUUCGCAGAGGGCUACAAGAUCUUCGGCUUCAACCGCGAAAAAGGUGGCUACACGUACAGAGAGUGGUUGCCCAAUGCGAAGCAGGCUUACCUAAUCGGCGCCUUCAACGACUGGCAAAAUUCGACGCCUCUGAAGUCUGAGGGCUUCGGGAGGUGGGCGGUGCACUUUCCAGACAAGGCGGAUGGAUCUCCUGGCAUUCCCCACGCCACACAGGUCAAGGUCCGAAUUGAAACCAAUGACGGUGCCUGGCACGAUCGCGUGCCAGCAUGGAUCAAAUUGGCCUGGCAGGACCACAAAACCAUGCUCUUCAACGGGGUGUUCUGGGAGCCGCCCGACGAGGAGCGGUAUGUCUUCGUGAACCCCCGACCUUCAAGGCCAGACAACUUGAAAAUUUAUGAGGCUCAUGUCGGGAUGGGCUCGGUCGAGCCCAAGGUCGCCACAUACGUGGAGUUUGCGGAGACCGUGCUGCCAAGGAUCAAGCGGAUGGGCUACAACGCCGUCCAGCUCAUGGCAAUUGCCGAGCAUGCGCACUACGGCUGUUUUGGCUACCAUGUGACAUCUUUCUUUGCUCCUGCGAGCCGGCAAGGAAACCCCGAGGAGCUGAAAUACUUGAUUGAUACCGCGCACGGUUUGGGCAUUCAGGUGCUUAUGGACCUUGUGCAUGCCCACGCAUCCUCCAACACAUUGGACGGAAUCGCCCAGAUGGAUGGCACAGAUCACUGUUACACCCAUGGCGGCCCCAAGGGCCAUCAUUCCGAGUGGGACUCGAAGAUCUUCAACUACCUCAAGUACGAGGUUCUGCGAUUUCUUCUGUCGAACGUGAAGUGGUGGCUCGAGGAGUACCAGUUCGAUGGCUUCCGAUUUGAUGGAAUCACUUCGAUGCUGUACCAGUCUCAUGGCAUCGGCAAGGGCUAUACUGGUGGUUACCACGAGUACUUCGGUCCAGAUGCGGACAUCGACAGCCACAUCUACCUCAUGUUGGCAAACGAUCUGAUCCAUCGUAUCGUCCCUUCAGCAGUGACAGUUGGCGAGGACGUGAGCGGUAUGCCGACCCUGUGUUUGCCAGUGGAUUGGGGAGGCUUUGGAUUCGACUAUCGCCUGGCCAUGGCCAUUCCGGAUAUGUUCAUUAAGUACCUGAAAGAGUGCACCGACGACGGGUGGAACAUGGGACACCUGGUGCACACUUUGACCAACCGCAGAUACAUGGAGAAGGUCAUCGCCUACUGCGAGUCACAUGAUCAGGCCAUUGUAGGCGACAAGACGCUCGCUUUCUGGCUGAUGGACGCCGAAAUGUACACAGGAAUGAGCGUCUUCACAAGUCCGCAACCUUCAAUGUGUGUGGAUCGUGGCCUUGCGCUGCACAAGAUGAUCCGACUGCUGGUCCUCGGUCUCGGCGGCGAGGGAUAUCUCAACUUCAUGGGCAACGAGUUCGGACAUCCAGAGUGGAUCGAUUUCCCUCGUCCUGAGAAUGGCUGGAGUCAUCAUCACUGCAGACGACGUUGGGAUCUCGCCGAAGACGACCUGCUAAGAUACAAGUUCUUCCAAAGCUUCGAAGAGCUGAUGCAGGCAUGUGAGAACCGCUUCAAUUUCGUCAACGCGCAUCACCAGUAUGUUAGCAAGAAGGAUGAGAUGGACAAGGUCAUCAUCUUCGAGCGUGGUGAGCUGGUCUUUGCCUUCAACUUCCACCCUUGCAACAGCUACGAGGGCUACCAGAUCGGAACUCACUCGGAUGAACCCAUGCGUUGCGUCCUGGACACGGACGAGGGCAGAUUCGGUGGCCAUAUGCGUCUGGAUUAUGGUCAUGGACAUCCUUUUCCGCCUCUGCAUGGCUUGGACAAGCGCCCACAUUCCGUCAAGCUGUACAUGCCCUCCCGCACAGCACAGGUGCUUUGCAGGCAGAGCAGGCUGGAGGGUGGAAUUCACGUCUAUGUUGAAGACAGCUUCUUGGGCCAGUACGAUCUGGAAAGUGCAGACGGCCUCAAGCUGUCUCUGGUCAUCCAUAAGGACGGGAAUGAGGAGAUGUUAGACUUUGACUUUGAGGAUGGAGCCGUUCAUUUGAAAGACAACUUUGACGCAACCUUCGACAUUGUCACGGCAGACAACUGCAUCUUGCCUUGCAAGGCCUCCAAGGAUACUAGAUUCCGAAUAUAUUUUCCGGGUGAAUACACUGUGGCACACCUGGGCUACCUCAAGAACGGGCGACCUGAAGGUCAGCCUGAACCAGUCCAGGAGCAACCAGAAGAACCCGCACCAGUGCCCGAGCCAGCACCCAAGCCGGCGCCCCAACCGGCACCCAAACCAGCAGCCCAGCCGGCGCCGCAGCCAGCACCCCAGCCAGUGCCAGAGCCAGUGCCGCAACCAGCGCCGCAACCGGCGCCGCAACCAGCGCCACAGCAGGCGCCCACGAGAGCAACCCCAGAAACGCCUUCACCAAAGCCGAUGACGGCUGCUGAGCGACUUGGCGGCUAUUCCAAACCCAAACCGGCGGCGCAGCCCACGCCUGCGGCCCAGCCACCACCCGUGGCGCAGCCACCACCUGUGGCACAGCCACCACCUGUGGCGGCAGAACCGCAAGCUGAGCCCCAGGCUUCAGAAGAAGCCGGGGUGGACGUUCGUGACAUGACGCGGUGCUACUCCGGGCUGCACUUCAUGGAUUUGGAGGCUCUGGAUGCCGCACUUGCGGAGACUACGCACGAACAGGUCUCGGAGCUGGAGCAGUCCAAGAGCAGAUUGGCUGCGUUUCAGGAGCACUUGGACGCAUGUGGCGGCGACUUAGCCAAGCUUGCCGAAAGCUAUAAGACAUUCGGUCUCCAGCGAGACGGCUCUGAAUGGACGUACUGCGAAUGGAUGCCCUAUGCAGCUGCAGUUUAUCUGGUCGGGGACUUUAAUGGCUGGGACACUAGCGCCACGCCCCUGGCACAGGAGGAGUCGCUGCCGGAUAUUUGGAGCUGCAGCAUUCCGACCAUGCCAAUCGGAUCCAAGUACAAGCUCUACGUGGUGCCGGAGGAAGGUGAUCCCUAUUAUGCCAUGCCGGCCUGGGCCACCCGCUUUACCGGACCGAAUGACAUGAAGCUUCUGGAUGCCAUCGUCUACCCCGUGGAUGGGGCAGGGCCCGGAAGACUCGAAGUCCCCCCGGAGACGCUCCAAGGUGGGUUGCGUUUCUACGAGUGCCUGCCGACACUCACAUCCAAGGAAAGCACAGCUUCUCCGCUGGUUGAGACCACGGACUUGCUUCCUCGGAUUGCUCGAAACGGCUACACGGCAUUGCUGCUGAUGGGAUUACUUGAAUGCAAGGACAACAAUACCCUGGGCCGUCAGCCCGUGAGUUUGUACGCCCUCGCCAGAGAUCUUGGAACUACGGAGGAGCUGAAGAGCUUGGUGCUUCAGGCCCACCGUUUGGGACUCCAAGUGUUCAUGGACCUGCCUCACAGUGGGGCAGCAUCAGCCGAGGACGGGCUGGGAGGACAAUUCUUCCACUGGGGAGAGAAGGGCUUUCAUCCCAUCAGCGGAGCCCGGAUCUACAACUUCGAGGAGGGCGAGGUCCAGCGCUACCUGCUUUCCAGCAUCGCGUUCUGGAUGGACCAAUUCGGCAUUGACGGCUUCAGGUUCUUGGACGUUGCCUCCACUAUCUGGGCCGAUCGUGGCAGGUUUGUGCCAUCCGAUCCUGCAGAGAUGGAGGAGUUUCUGUCGACCGCUGACAAGACAGACAAGGAUGGCGUCCAGUACUUGAUGCAGGCCAACUCACUCAUCCACCAGCUGGACAAGUAUGCCCGGACAGUGGCCGAGGAGACGACCAUGUACCCACACCUCUGCGACUCGGUGGAAGAAGGUGGACUUGGCUUCGACUAUCGUCAGGCAUCAAAUGCUCCGAGUCUCUAUCGCGAGCUUGUCACGACCUGUCGGGAUGAGCAGUGGGGGAUGAAGACCAUCGUUGACACUAUUUGCGAGGUGAAGAACCUGAUGCCCAAAGAGAAGAUUCUGGGUUACAUGGAGUCCCUCGAUCAUUGCGCCGUGGGAAGAAGGCCGUUGAAGAUUGCCUUCCUCUCGUGGGAGACCUUGCACACCAUCGCAGCAGGUGGUGUCGCACCCCAUGUUACCGAAUUGGCUGGUGCUCUGCACAAAGCAGGUCAUACUGUGCACAUCUUCACAAGAUCUACGCAGAAUCGCACCUGGGAGAACGAUAUCUCGGGAGUCAUUUACCAUGAGGUGAACUUCAACACCGACAGCGACUUCGUUAGGGAGAUCGAGAACAUGUGCGCUGCAUUCGUUGGACACUUCCUGCACAUGGAGAGCCGUGUAGGUGGUUUCGAUGUCAUCCAUGGACACGACUGGCUCGUCGGUCCAGCUGUCAUCCAGCUCGCGUCCAUGAACAAACGGGUGGUCUUCACCAUGCACUCGACGGAAACUGGCCGCUGCGGAAACGUGCAGUAUGGCGGACAAAGUGCCCGGAUUCGUGAAAUCGAAGGCCAGGCUUGCCACUCUGCCCAGCGGGUCAUCGCGGUCUCCGGCGUGUUGAAAGAGGAGGUCUGUUCUCACUACCAGGUCCACGGGGCGAAGAUCGAGGUGAUCUACAACGGGAUUCACGCCGAUGCCAUCGCAAAGAUGGAGUGGGAGGACGAGUGGACCGGUAACACCAAGAAGGACAAGGGCUUCGAUGUGAUGGACCCCAUGUUCCUCUUCGUCGGACGCCUGGCGGUGCAGAAGGGCCCAGACCUGCUGCUGGAGGCUAUUCCAAUGAUCCUUCAAGCGCGGGGGAAUGCCAAGUUCGUCAUCGUUGGUGAUGGCCACAUGAAGGGUGCGCUGGAGUCCCGUGCGCAUCAGCUGGGAGUUGGCCACGCCGUGUCCUUCGCUGGCUCAGUGAAAAGUGGUACUACACAUUUGAAGGCCCUUUUCAAGUCCUGUGAUGCCGUGGUCGUGCCCAGCCGUAACGAGCCCUUCGGGAUUGUCGUCCUGGAGGCUUGGGCUGCUGGUAAGCCGGUGAUUGCGACCACCUGCGGUGGCCCGCGAGACUUCGUCAGACCCGACCGGGAUGGUUACCUGGUCGAUCCCGACCCCGGGAGCAUCGCCUGGGGGGUCUGCAAGAUCUGUGAGAACUUCGAGCAUGCCAGGUGGAUGGGUGCUGUGGCGAAGGAGAAGGCUCUGAAUGAGUUCAACUGGACGUUCAUUGCACGAAAGACGGAGCAGAUCUACUACGAGCAGAUGAACAUCCACGAUGCCCCCAAGUUCACUGUCCCACGUGGGCCCGGAGUGGGCGCCCCCUUGGCACAGCAAGUGCUGGGGCAGCACAGAGGCGCGAUGGGUGUCCUUGACAAUAAUCACCUCGUGAUUCGCGGGCUUCAGCUGUUGAAGAUGAGCAGGUUAGUGUCGUCGGUGUUGGGAUGUGAUGCCUCCAUGACAUGGAUGGGAUCAGAGUUCGGCGUUUUGGACCCGAUCGAUUUUCCCCGCGCUGCGAAUGAGUACAAGAAGGACAAGUGUGCGGUGCCCUAUAAACUGGCUGAGACGACGGGGCUCAAGUACAAGCACUUGGACAUUUUCGAUCUUUUCCUGAACAGAGUGGGCGCUGCGCUCCAGUGGUACAAGUCGCCAAAGUACACCAUUGUCGCCGCGGACGAGGAGAAGAAGAUUCUGGCAUGGGUCAGGAGCGGUUGCAUCUUUGCCAUCAACUUCCAUCCCCACAACGAGCAGACCGACCUCAGAAUAGACCUGCCGAAGGGCACCGAUCUUGCAAGAGAGGUGGUCGUCGCGCUGGAUACGGAGGAUCCACGAUUCGGCGGCGAAAAGGAGGAGCCAUUGCUGAAGCCGACGACAAAGUUCAACACCGGCCUCUUCAAGAUCAAUCUGCCUCCGAGGACAGGGCUGGUCUUCGCACCAGUGGAAGCUGCGGAGAAAGCCCUGGGUUCCGACAAGUUGUUGAAAUGUGAAACGGCUGAUGCUCUGCUUGGUGCUCGCCUCGGUGUGCCGAGGGUGUCCAUGCCAGGGAGCUCACGCUUCUUCGUGCCGCAGCCACCGGUGCCCUCGAGUGGGUGCUCGACUCCCCGGACUCCCCUUUCUUCUGUCGGAGGAAUGUCCGUCUUGGUGACACCGCGUGGCUGCGGAACCUCCGUGACGGCACCAGCGGGGCCUGGGUCAGGCAUCGUCUACCCGCACUCGGCUCUGGUGCGCCUGUCCAUGGGGUCGGUGUUGCUAGUUUGA